AUUCAUUCAUUCAUUCAGUGAAUCAACUGAGCAUUUCAGCUGACAAUCGAAUUCGGUCUUUAGGUUGUCAAUCUCUCUCUCUCUCUCUCUAGAUUCUCUCUCUAGAAUCUCUGAUAGGGAGGCAGAGAUAGCCUGAAAGAUGGAAGGUGAGAGAAAGCUGUCGGCGGAGGCGGUGGCGAUAUUCAGAGAAGGCAUAGGGUUGGUUUUGUCCCGGUGGUCGGCGCUCCAAUUGGCCGUCGACAACGAGUGGGGCGGCCGUGGCUCGCGCCAAAAAGCGGAGCAACUCGCGGCCGAUGCCUUCUCCUGGUUCACUCAGUCUGCAGAGAUUCUAUACAUUGAUGAUUUGGAAGAUAUUCUCAAUGAAGCUAUGAUUUCUCUCAAUACAAUGAUAGAGGAUGGCAGCAUUGAGGAGGUGGCUGAAAAGUUAAUGUUUAUGUAUGAAGACUGUUUGACUGGCAAUUUCAAUUCUGUUGAAAGUUUGAGAGAUGCCAAUCAUCGAAGAGUUGCCGUUCCUCAUGUUAGACAAGAGAAUGAAGAUGACGAUGAUGAUGAUGACGAUGACAACGAGGAAACAGAUGGUUCAUCAAACAUGAUGGUGGACACACCAGAGUCCCAGCCAAAUUUGGAUCCAGCAGACGCGACGAGCAGUAAACCAACUCCCAAGCCAGCAGCUAAAACAGAAGAUGGAUGGGAAGUAGUUGGACCAAGACGUAAUCGGGGUAAAAGGAAUUAGGUUGAACCCUAAAUUGUGUGUCCUAAAAAAUUUUGUAUUUCGCUCCGUCGAGUAGAGUUUCUAUCUAUUUUGUUUGAUCAUGUCCGUAGCUGGUUGGUUAGUCAAAUUUCGCGUGUUUUCCCCUUUACUUUUUCUGAGAACUUGUAGCACAACUACAUGAUUGUAUUGGAGUUUCUUUAGGUACCGUUUGGUAUGCAGACAGGACGGAACGAAGAUUCCGUGCUAUGUUUGGUAUGUGCAGGAUGCAACGGGACGGUUGUUCUAUUUUGUGUUUGGUAAGCGCAUGUCGAAUGAAACCAAAACAUUAAAUGACCAACUUACUAUUGUUCCGUC